AUGGGCGGGUCUCUCAAGUCGAUUCUGGAGGAAGUCGAGAAGGACACGGAGGACGCAGACGCAAGGAUGUCCGUCGUGCGGGUAGCUGGUACAAUUGUUCAAGCCGACGUGGAGAGUGAUCCUGCCCUGAAGAACACCCCCGGGACGCGCGAGAAGCAUCGCUACGCCGAUGAGUUGGACAUGAAAGUGAAGCCACCCAGAGAGAAUCUACUAACCGCGUUUCUCCGGCCUUGGUUGGGUGAUACCAAAGCAUGACGAACAUGGCACGGUAUCGCGAGAUCAUCGCAUCAGAGACCGAGCAUCCUGGAGAGCCCUGGGUAUGGCAGACCGAAGAGCGAG